AUGGGGCUGGUUUUCCUCUUUCUCCUGUUCAUCUCCGUGCAGGCCGAUGUUGUGGUUCUACCUUCCAACAUCACUGAUUUGAGCCCUACUCGCUCUAGCGGAUUUCGCAUUCAGGGUGCCAAUCUCACCGGUCAAAGAGUUGCCCCGUUAACCGAGGCCCUCUCUGGAGCGACCAGCGCCCACCUCCAGUCCUUCAAUCAGUCUGGCACAGCCACCCAAGUCAAACCCGGCAAUUCCAUCUCGCUGACUGAUUCGGAUAUUGCCUGUAUCUCUUGUGAUCCGGACGACUACCCUGGCUUUUACACCUUGGACGACACGGUUCAGACUGUCCUCUCUGCUUCUGCCCUUCCUGCAGCCGUGCUGUUGUACACUCGAUAUUCAUCGCACUGUAACUUUACAGCCGAUGAUCAGACUACCGCCCGGUACAAUAACAUCUUUACCCUUACAGGCCCAGGUGCCUGGUCGGCGCUGCAGCGUACUUUCAGAGAAGCCUCUCCUACCAUUGCCAUCGUCUCAAUGUCGUUGAUGACCAAUGUCCCGACCGAUACCGGGGAUUCCGGGGGGUCCGGCAACAGUCCUAACACUGCUAUGAUCAUCCUGUACAGUAUUACAGGUAUCAUCACGGCACUGUUCCUGGGAAUUAUUAUCACUGGUGCCGUCCGGGCCCAUCGGCAUCCAGAACGCUAUGGACCUCGUCGUAUCGCCGGACGAGUGCGGCAAAGUCGAGCUCGAGGUAUAGCCCGAGCCAUGUUGGACACUAUCCCAGUGGUCAAGUUCGACGACAACAAUGACGAAAUCGAUGCCGCUAAGCGGGACGUUGAGAUGUCCGCCGGUCCCGAUGAUCCCGCCCGCGAGCACUCCCCACCGCGCCAUGGUGUCACUGGACACUCGACGCCGACCGAGUCCGAACUUCCCACUCCCGUUGAGGACACACCAAUUGCUGCCCCAGAGAAGACCGAGACACCUGAAACAGGCAACUUCUCGUGUCCGAUCUGCACGGACGACUUCGUCAAGGGCCAAGAUCUACGUGUCUUACCCUGCAACCACCAAUUCCACAUGGAAUGCAUUGACCCCUGGCUGAUGAAUGUCUCCGGCACCUGUCCCCUUUGCCGUAUCGAUCUCAACCCGCCACAGGAAGAGACCGAACAAACCGAAGAAGCAGGUGAACACCAAGAACCAGCAGCCCCCGCCAACCAAGAAACUCAAGCGUCCCGCCACACACACCGUCGCCUCACCAACUACCUGCACGGCCCCCUCAACGCCCGACGUAUGCGCGACGCCACGGUGGAAGAGCGCCUCGCCGCUCUCCGCCGCGUCCGCGAAGCAAACCAAGGCCAAGACCAAGCUGAACCCACCCCAGAAGGCACCCGCCGCCGCCUCACCACCCGCCUGCGCGAUCGCUUCCGCAUCCGCACGCGCGCCCAUGGCGUCGAGCCUGAAGCCGAGACUCAUACCCCGGCCAGCGAGGCGGAGGCUGAGAGUGGGCCUUCUUCGAUGCCUGCAGCCCCUGCGCCUGCUCAUACGACAUCUUGA